UUUCAAUUUUUUUCAAAUUCAGCCACUAUGUUUUAGAAAUGUAACACGUUGCUUUAAUUUGUUCACGUUUGCCAAUAUUUUUAGGUUACGUUAUUUCAUAUGAUGCUUUCAUUUGCUUGCGUGUGAGUGUGAGUAGCAUCGCUACAUAUCUUGCUGGCAUAUGUUUAUGUUUUUAAUUGGGGGGCUGUGCAGUGUGAUGGAAGUGUUGCCUCCUAUGUUAUUUUUGACGGCAGGACACUUCCUGCUUCCCUAUAAGGAAAGAGGAGAUUUCCUGCAUCCUUAUAAGGCAACGUGCGUGUGUGCGCGUCCUACUAUAUACUCCUCAGCUUCCUCUUCUGGUCCACUCCGAGGUGGACGUCCAUCAGAUGCUCAGAUCUAAGGAUGUGCGUGUCCAGGUGUCUGCGCUGUGUGGGCGUGGCUCUGGUUGCCCUGGCGACCGUAUGCACCGUGGCGAACAUUCUGCUGCUGCUGCCGGAGCUGAAGGUCCAUUUCCUGUUGGAGGGUCACGUGACCAGAGAGGCCUCCUGGGCCACAGGACUCUGGAGCUCUGGACUCCUGGUUGUGAUUGGGGCUCGAGCAUUUUUGCAAAGCCGCCACACACCAGGAUGUUGCGCCUUCAGGACACAGAUGUUGCGCCAGGCGUUGUACUCGUGUGCGUGUCUGCUGUCUUCUGCUUUUUGUUGCCUGGUUAGCAUCACAGGGCUGGUCCAAGGUCCUCUUUGUCUCUACAACACUACAAGUGGAUCAGCCUGGGGCGUACCACUUCAACCCACUGCCGACAGGGACGCCGGGUACCUCUACAACAGAAGUCUGUGGUCGGGUGUAUGUUUGGAGCCCAAGGGUGUGGUCCAGUGGAAUGUAGUUCUCUUCAGCAUACUAGGGGGCGCCAGUGGGCUGCAGGCGCUCCUCUGCGCCGCCAACGUCAUCAACACCCUGCUGGGCGUCGUCUUGGGACGCGGUGCGGGCGGCAAUAAGGUGAGCCCUGUUUCAGUGUGACAUCGCGAUGACGUCCCCAGGGCAAGACCACUUGUCAAAAUGUUUUUUCUUGACUGAUGCACUUUACAACCAAUUAAGCUAAAUUAAGAGCACGAAACUUGAAGAAAAUAAGCUUGCCAAAGUCUAAUAAACUUGUCCUGUUUCGACAUAACUUAAUUAUUAAGUCACUUUGAUUUAAUGAGAAAAUAUAAGUUGUGAUAUGAUUGGAGGUUAUUUUGUUCGUCCCCCCCCCCACCACAGAAUUGUUUAUUUAUUGCUAGUAAGUGUUGAUUAAACUUGUUUAGUUAUUUUUUAAUGUCAAUUCUAUCAUCGUUACGAUAGAUUUGUAUAUUUUUUAAUCCAGUAUUAUUUUUCAAUGUUGUUCUAAAUUCUGACUAUUUUAAUGUAUUUGUUUUAAUGUAAAUUCUCUUAUACGCAUUUAUUUUUUUAAUUAAUUUAAUUUAAGUAUUAAUUUUCACUUAACAAAUUGUUAACAAAAUGAAAUGCAAGUAUUUUUCAAAAUUAGCAUCCUCUUGUCCAUGCUGAAAUGACUGGCAGUACAGUAUUAUGCCGGCAGGGGGUGCUGUUUCCACAACGGUAAAACCUCAUGAAGCAAAUGUAAUUGUACCGCACUUUAAACUUAUUCCCUCUUAUUUUGUAAACAUUACUUUUCUGUCAAGCAAUUGAUGCAUUUUGGUCAAUGGUUCUGAACUCCUGGUUCCAUGCAUCAAUUGAGACUGUUAUGGACCAUGGCUUGGAUUACAAAAUAAAAUACCAUACAAGUGCAA